AUGGAACAGAUGAAGAGAGUUGAGAAAGCCAAAAGAAAGGGCAUUAGAAAGGGCAUUCAUCUGUGCUCUAGUUGCUCUCUGCGCGGAUGGUUACUGUCAAGGACAAGGGAACGUCUUCAAAGUGAAGAAACUGAGAAGUUGGUCAAAGAGGAGAGCUCAGAGUCAAGCAAAGUCAGAAGAAGAAAGGAGAAAAGAACAAACUCUGACACAGUUCCUCAUGUAAACUCUGAUACAGUCUCUAAGACUUUAAACACUGAAGCUGCUUCUCCACCAAAGCAGAAAAGAAGGAGACUUGUUGCAGCUUAUGAUUAUGAAGAUCUGGAAGCCCCUCCUGCAACAAACUCUGAACCUACUCAGGCUAGCCCAAAGUCAAAAACAGUAAGAUUUAAAGCAAGGGCAAACAAGCCUAAGAGGGCAAAGGAACAAGCCACAGCUGAAGCUGAGACAACAGUGUCUGAUUCUCACAUUCCAAUAUCUGAUCAUGGACCCUCCACUCCAAUUCCUCAUUCUCCAUUGAAAUUUCCUGAGGGUGCCAUUAUUCAUGAUACAGCUCCAGAAAACUACAAGUCAGCUGCUGUAAUUGAAGAAUCUGACAAGGUAGCAUUGGAAGCAUUGCAGUCCCUUGCUAAGGCUGGUGAAGAGCCUAGCAACUCAAAAUCUGAAGAUCAAGAAAAAUCUGUUCCAGAUGUUGUUAAAAAUGCUGUUGAUCCUGCAUCUGAUGAUGAUGAGGAUGAUGAAAGUGAAGAUGAUGACAAUGAGGAUGAAAGAAAGAAAAAUGAUGAUGAUGAUGAUGUGGAUGACUUUACCAAGAACAAAAGAUUUCAAGCUGCCACUGGUGGAAGACCAAUGUCACAUCUGGAUCAAAGCUCAAAGUCUGCUCCAGUUCCAACACACAAUGUCACAUCUGGAUCAAAGCAAAGACCAAUGGCUGGAUCAGAUAAACCAAUGACUGAUGAAGAAACAGGAGUGAUCAGAGUUUAA